GUAAACUGUAGAGACCAUCAGUCUCAGUCGAACCGCGAGCAACUGCAAACGCGCCACUACUCAGUCGCGAUACUCCGCGGGCAGUGUGAUUGACCGACCGACCGCCUGGCGCCGCGCCGGUUGACCUAUAUUUAUCGGAAAUCUACGGAUUGAUAUCUUAGACCGGCGAAAUUUGCCAAUUCAUCGUUAUUAUCUACAAAUUCUACCGCGUGAAAGUGAAAAGGUGUGGACCCAUUUGUGCGUGGGGGAUGAGAUGACGAAUCGUUUGAACAUCGAUGAAUGGUAUACAAUGAAUUUGUGACAAAAAAAAUACGAUUGUGCACAACCAACAAUGAUCAACGGAAAAAAGCGCAAUCAGUAACAGUCAGUGGUAGAAUUCAAACGUUCAGUGACUAAUCCCUAAUUCGCGCCAGCACAAAAAUAAGUGCAAAAAUCCCACCGAGAAAAAAAGAAGCCACCGCGCACCGUUUCACCGUUCCGGUUUGGUGCAUGUUAUCCACGGAUCCAGCUGAUGGAUAGCUCGCGGAAGCCGGAAAAGAAGAAUCCCCGCAAAGGGGCAUUCUUCCUGUCGCAGCUGCUGUACGGUUGGCUGUUGCCGCUGUUCUUCAGAGGAUGCCGCCGAGGGCUCGGCAAGGACGAUCUCACCAAGUGCCUGAAGGAAGACAAAUCGGAAGAUCUGGGCGACCGAUUGGAAGAACAGUGGGAAAAGGAAAUUGUUCGAGCCCGGAGGAAAAACCGCCCACCUCGACUUCGUGAUGCUCUCUUUCGCACAUUUUACAAACAAUGCAUCUUCGACGGCUUCCUAGUGUUUUGUUUCGUAUUGAUCAAAACGAUUCUACCGCUGGUCCUGGCACAACUCCUGAUCCAAUUCCAAGCCCCGCUGAACGUAACGCAUCUGACCACACCAAGCAGUAAUACGACUGUGACAACGCCUUCCGUUCCAGAUGUCUUCCUCACAACAACGCUACAUUUUCUACAAGGCCACGACUCGAAUGAAACUGAUGAUAAUACCGACCGGGUACGCCGCAGCAUUGCUGACGGAAAACAUUCAGUCGGCCAGAACCAUCUCAAAACGGACGACUACAGGGAUGAUGAUUACAGUGUCAGCCGCGAUGAGGGAUACGAUGACCUCGAAGAGGAGGACGGCCCCACCAAAGAGCGGAAGCUGACAAGCGCAGGCGACUUUAUCGAAUACGCGUGGAACGAUGCUCACUGGCUGGCGGGGUUGUUGGUACUGCUCACACUGCUGGGAUGCUUCUGUAAUCAUCAUUCCGAUCUGAGGCAGAGAUUGGUUGGUGCCCGGAUGAGAAUCGCUUGCUGUUCGGCAAUCUACCGGAAGACGCUGCGUAUGUCGAAGAAAGCAGCCGGACAAACACCAGCGGGGUAUCUGAUCAAUCUGUUGUCCAACGAUGUUAGUCGAUUGGAUUACGGUUUCAUAUUCCUGCAUUACGUCUGGGUGUUGCCGUUCCAGGCAGUACUUACUUGUUACCUUAUUUGGAGGCAAGUUCAAUGGGCGGCAGUUGUCGGAGUCGUUGGUCUUCUACUGAAGACCAUCCCGGUACAAACGGGACUUGGGAGACUACAAUCGGUUCUUCGUAUGCGCGUAGCCAAGCGAACCGAUCAACGCGUGGGUAUCAUGAAUGAGCUGAUCCAAGGUAUCCAAGUGAUCAAAAUGUACGCUUGGGAGAAACCGUUUCACACGGUUGUGUCGUUGGCCCGUAAGAAGGAAGUCCGUCAGAUCCGGUGGGCGUCGUAUAUCCGUGGCAUCUAUCUCAGUACGAUGAUGUUCACUGAGCGAUCUACACUCUUCAUAGCGAUCGCAACUUGCUAUUUUGAGGGUCGUCCGAUCACUGCCGAUAUUGUCUUUCCAAUGGCGCAGUUCUUCAAUAUUCUACAACUGACGGCGGCAAUUUUUUAUCCAUUGGCCGUUUCGCUUGGCGCUGAAGCAUUGGUUUCAAUCGAUAGAAUUCAAGAGUUCCUCGGAAUGGAGGAACAGGACAAAAAGAUGACCGGUUUGAAGAAGAACGACAACGAACUGGUGAAAGUGAGCCCCACGGUAGCCGUAGAGUUCAACAAUGUCUCCGCUAGUUGGGAGAACGACAAGGACAGAACCUUGAAGGACUUGAGCCUAUCAGCCAAAACUGGCCAACUGCUGGCAGUUAUCGGACCCGUUGGUGCUGGUAAAAGCUCUCUACUUCAGUUGAUUCUGGGCGAAUUACCCAUACUGAACGGAACGGUAAACAUCAACGGAGAAGUUUCGUACGGAUGUCAGGAACCGUGGCUGUUUACGGGAACAGUUCGGAGUAACAUCCUGUUCGGUCUAACUUAUGAUCGGAAACGUUACCAGGAGGUUGUGAAACAUUGUGCCUUACUGACGGACUUUGAGCAGCUCCCGGAUGGAGAUAAGACGGUUGUAGGCGAACGCGGAACUUCGCUUUCUGGUGGACAACGCGCUAGGGUGAACUUGGCACGUGCUGUUUAUAAGAAUGCUAACAUCUACUUGCUGGAUGAUCCACUCAGCGCAGUCGAUACGCACGUUGGGCGCCACCUGUUUGAUGAAGUUAUGGGCCCACGAGGUUACUUGGCGAAACAACAUGCGACCAGGAUACUGGUGACCCACCAGGUUCACUUCCUGAAGGAAGCCGAUUGGAUUGUAAUUAUUGAUAAUGGAAAAAUACUAAUGCAAGGAACAUAUCAGGAGCUGUCCAACAGUGAUCUAGAUUUUGGAAAACUGAUGGGAUCUUCCGAGGAGACCGCCGACAGCUUGGAGGAAGACGAGUUGGAAGAAGUGGCAGAUGAAGAAAUUCCCUUCAUAGACGGAGUGAAGUCCGAGAGUCACAGGUUGCUUAAGAGUAGUACCUCCGUGGGAGCACGAGGUUCGAUGUCUUGUGCUUCCAGCGUUGCCGAAGAUCUUGGUCGCACCGUGAACGAAGAUCAAGCCGAAGGUACCCUAGCUCUGAGGGUGUGGACUACGUACUUCCUAGCUGGAGGAAACGUCUGCAUUAUUCUGUUCACAGCGUUUAUGCUCAUUUUCUCGCAAGUAGUGGUCAGUGGGUCGGAUUACUUCGUAACUUACUGGACACGCCAAGAAGAACGUCGCAUUCGUGACCUGCCGGUGGACUACACCACUGAAGAUCUGCUCAUAUCCUACGGGAUCAUCAUAAUCGGAGUGGUCACGUUUACCAUCUACCGAGGAUAUCUGUUCUUCAAUAUAUGCAUGAAGGCAUCGCGAACUCUGCACGAUCGUAUGUUUGCAAAGAUCCUCGCAGCUCCGAUGAGAUUUUUCGACACAAAUCCGUCGGGACGUAUAUUGAAUCGCUUUUCCAAAGAUAUGGGUGCCAUUGAUGAAUUGCUACCGAAAGCAAUCAUGGAUGCCGUACAGGUGCUGCUGGUGAUGGUCGGAAUUCUGCUAGUGAUCGCCAUGAUGAAUCCUAUUCUGCUGUUGGCACUUUUGGGAGCGAUCGUUUUGUUUGCAGUAGUGUUGAAGCUGUACCUACGACCUACACAGGACCUCAAACGAUUGGAAGGAAUCACGCGAAGUCCCGUCUUUUCGCAUCUGUCGGCGACUUUAACCGGACUUUCAACGAUUCGAGCAAAUGCUGCUCAACAGAAGAUCACCCAAGAGUUCGACGCACUACAGAACGUGCACUCUGCUGUUUGGCAACUGACCAUGUCCAGCAAUGCUGCUUUGGGAUUGUGGUUGGAUUGCAUCAGUACGGCGUUUGUCGCUUGUGUUACAUUCAGCUUUAUUGUGAUGCACGGAGAAACGUUCAGCGCCAACGUCGGUUUGGCCAUCUCCCAGGCAAUGAUUCUCACCGGUAUGGUUCAGUACGGUAUUCGUCAAACAGCGGAAUCAAUCCAGCAAAUGACUUCGGUCGAACGCGUGAUUCAGUACACAGAGAUCCCAUCGGAGAAUGAUCCACCGAAGGUACCGCCAAGCGAUUGGCCUUGGCGUGGUCAAAUAGAGUUCCGGGACAUGUCGUUGCGGUACGAUGCAAGCAGUGCUCCCGUGUUGAAGCAUCUAGAUCUAACUAUUGCGUCCACCUGGAAGGUUGGUAUUGUCGGACGAACCGGUGCCGGGAAGUCAUCCUUGAUAGGCGCCUUGUUCCGACUGGCACCCAUUGAGGGAAGAAUACUCAUUGAUGGUAUCGAUACGGGUGUAGUGUCGUUGGAGUCACUGCGAUCGAAGAUCUCUAUUAUACCUCAGGAUCCAGUGUUGUUUAGCGCCACAAUUCGGUACAAUCUGGAUCCCUUUAAUCUGUACGACGACGACAGUCUCUGGACAGCGAUCAACGAAGUUGAACUAAGAUCGGCUAUUAGCGGUUUGGAUUACAUGGUAACUGAAAGCGGUUCAAACUUCAGCGUGGGGCAGAGACAGUUGAUCUGUCUAGCAAGAGCCAUCCUUAGAAAUAACAAAGUCUUGGUGUUGGACGAAGCCACUGCUAACGUUGAUCCUCAAACCGACGCCCUCAUCCAAAAGACAAUCAGAGAAAAGUUCAAGCAGUGCACGGUUUUGACCGUUGCCCAUCGACUGCACACCGUCAUGGAUUCGGACCGGAUCCUGGUGAUGGACGCGGGUGAGGCACGCGAGUUCGACGUGCCGCACAUUCUCCUUCAACAGGAGGGAGGCAUCCUGAGGGACAUGGUGGAAGCCACCGGUCCAUCCGAAUCUGAAUCUCUCAAACGUAUUGCGGCGGAAACGUACGCUGCAAUGGAUCCCAACCGGCAUCUACUGAACGGCCUGCCGAAUCCUUGGCGUUUUAGCAAGGAAGGUCAAUAAGCAAGAGAUUUCAUUAUUUUUUAUAAACUUCUUUUACCUCUAAAAGUGUAAAAUUGAACCAAAUUUUAUAGGGAGAAGCAGAAAGAAAAUUUAAUAGUGAUUAAGUUUCUCGAUAAAAUAUUUACAUUGAUUCAAUGUAAAAAAAUAUAAAUUUAGUGCGAUGAGCAAUAAAUGAACUGUUCCUCGAAAUAAACAACAUUUUAGUUUCAAAAAA